AUGGGUUUCCUCAAGGUCCUCAUCACGUCCCUUGCGACUCUAGCAGUCGUCGAUGCCGGUACUCUUCUUACCGCCAGCAAGCCCGACGCAGUCGUUCCCAGCUCCUACAUUGUUGUCAUGAACGAUGAUGUUAGUACCGCUGAGUUUGAGGUGCAUCGCAACUGGGCUGCAAAUGUUCACAAUCGUCUUUCACGCCGUAAGAAUGGCGAGACUGGACCAGGAAAGCAUUUCGAAAUCAAUGGCCUCAAAGGAUACACCGCGAGCUUCGAUGAGGAUACCGCCAAGGAUAUCGCCAAUGACCCAGCGGUGAAGUACAUUGAACCCGACAUGAUUGUGAACGCAACCGCGAACGUGGUUCAAUCCAGUGUUCCCUCAUGGGGUCUUGCUCGCAUUUCUAGCAAGACGUCCGGUGCUACCAACUAUGUGUAUGAUUCCACUGCCGGUCAGGGCGUCGUAAUCUACGGCAUCGACACCGGGAUUGAGAUCUCGCACUCCGACUUCGGGGGCCGCGCUACGUGGGGUACUAACACUGUUGAUAAUUCUAAUACCGAUGGCAAUGGCCACGGCACCCACACUGCGUCUACUGCAGCUGGUACCAAGUACGGUGUUGCAAAGAAGGCCUCUCUCGUUGCUGUUAAGGUCCUUGGUGCCGAUGGCUCUGGCACUAACUCGGGUGUCAUCGCUGGUAUGGACUGGGCUGUUAAAGAUGCCAAGUCUCGCGGGGUCACAGGAAAGGCUGUUGCGAUCAUGUCUCUUGGUGGAGAAUAUUCGAAGGCUAUGAAUGACGCCGCUGCCAAUGUUGUCAAAUCCGGUAUCUUCCUCUCUGUUGCUGCCGGAAAUGAAGCCGAGAAUGCCAGCAACAGCUCCCCUGCUUCUGCUUCGGAAGUAUGCACUAUCGCGGCCUCUACCAGCACAGACGGCAGUGCUUCAUUCACUAACUAUGGAUCUCUUGGUAAGAGCUCCACCUGCCCAUCGUUUGAAAAAUUUCUCUAUUCAAAGCAGCGUACUGACAGUACUACUACAGUGGACCUCUAUGCUCCCGGGCAGAGCAUCACAGCUGCGUACCCCGGUGGUGGCUCAAAGACCCUCUCUGGAACCUCCAUGGCCGCUCCCCACGCUGCCGGUGUUGCUGCAUACCUGAUUGCUCUCGAGGGCGUGUCGGCUGGUAACGCUUGUGCACGUCUUGUCCAGCUUGCUACCUCGUCUAUCACCAGGGCUCCUUCUGGAACUACGAGCAAGCUUCUCUACAACGGUAUCAACGUUUGA